AGUUAGAGGUUAGCUAGCAAAUAUAAUUGUUAUAUCGCAAUAUUAUCAGAGUAAAACAAUAUAUAAUUAUUAUAGGCUAAUCAUUAUAGUCUUAGCAAAUAAAUAUAUUCAGUCUAUUCAAAUAUUGUAAGCAAUUUAUCACUUGUCGCUUAUCUGAAUAUUAUGUAAAACAAAAUGUAAAGUGAACGAAUAAGCAUAUAAUAAUAAGAGCGAAUGCAAAAACAUCCACAUGCUAUACGCUUUAUUUUACCCCAACAUUGUAAUUAUUCACAAGAGAACGUAAAUUCUAACGUCUCUAAAAUUUACGUUCUCUGUAUUCACUUAUAUAAUCGAAGAACUUUCAAACCGAUUUAACAUAAAUAAAAUUUCUCGACUUUGACAUUUGUAAUUUUAACAACUCUGUGUUAAUUCAUCAAUUGUUCUAUUGUGAUUGAGUAGUUUUCAAUGAAAAUGGUGUUGUGGUAGCACUGACAAUUUCCGGUCUCCAUCUUUUUGCUUUGGGUUUCUCACGAUGCCACCAAAGAAGGACGCGAAAUCGUCGGCUAAACAGCCUCAAAAGACACAAAAGAAGAAGGAGGGAAGUGGUGGCGGUAAAGCCAAGAAGAAGAAGUGGUCCAAAGGCAAAGUCAGGGACAAGUUGAACAACCAAAUUCUUUUCGACAAAGCUACUUAUGAAAAGCUGUACAAGGAAGUGCCACAAUACAAACUUAUCACUCCUUCUGUGGUAUCUGAACGUUUGAAAAUUCGUGGUUCACUUGCCAAAAGAGCGCUGGUGGAAUUGCGUGACAAAGGUCUGAUCAAACAGGUCGUGCAGCACCAUUCCCAAGUGAUCUAUACACGUGCAACCAAGGGUGAUGAUGCGUAAACAUUUUACCUUUCUACGCAACAGUACGAAAUGUAUUUAAUGGCUUUGAUGGUAGAAUAAAGUAAUUCAUUUCCUUUUAUAAGUAAAA